GCACUCCCCUUCUCCGUAAGAACAUCCCAGAUUGCCAAGUGAUUGACGUUCUACAAUACACGAGGGGCCCUCUCGCCAGCAAAAUGCUACGAGUGCAAAAGUAACAAAACCCUCUCUAAUUGUUUCCCUCUCUAUUUCUCUCCUACUUCUUCAGCUUCAAUUCUUAACUACUUCGUCUUCUUCACCGAUCAUCUUAGGGUUUCAGAAUUUCUCUCUCCUCGACCAUGGAUUCCUUCCCCUUUCACGACGGCAACAUUUCCAGUUUCAUUGACAGCCGAAACAUCGACUUCCGCCAUGAUGUCAAGCAUACUUUACAAAUGCACUCGUCCAUGGUGCGAAGGCUGUCAUUGGAAAGGGAAAUGGAGGGACACACAGGUUGUGUAAAUACUAUUGCAUGGAACUCAACUGGUUCACUCUUGAUAUCUGGAUCAGAUGACACCCAGAUUAAUAUAUGGAGAUACUCUGAUCGUAAGCUUUUGAACUGCAUUGAUACGGGUCAUUCUACCAACAUAUUCUGUACAAAAUUUAUACCUGAGACUUCUGAUGAGAAAGUGGCGUCUGGGGCUGGUGAUGCAGAGGUCCGUGUGUUCAAUCUCUCUUAUUUAAGUGGAGGAAGGGUUGAAGAGACAGCUAUGACUCCUUAUGCUCAUUUUCAGUGUCAUACUAAGAGAGUCAAAAAAUUAGCGGUUGAGGUUGGAAACCCAAAUGUGAUCUGGAGUGCCAGUGAAGAUGGAACCUUGAGGCAGCAUGACCUUCGUGAGGGUUGUUCAUGUCCUCCCGCUGGAUCUUCCAAUCAAGAAUGCCGCAGUGUACUACUUGACUUGCGAGGUGCUGCAAAAAGGUCCUUGGCUGAACCUCCUAAACACCCACUUCAAUUAAAGUCUUGUGAUAUCAGUGUGACAAGGCCACAUCUGCUUCUUGUCGGAGGAAGUGAUGCAUUUGCUCGUUUGUAUGAUAGAAGGAUGCUGCAUCCAAUGUCUUCCUGCCGGAGAAAAAAUUCACCACCUCCUUGUGUUAACUAUUUUUGCCCAAUUCAUCUCUCUGAGAGGGGACGAUCAAGCUUGCAUUUAACUCAUGUUACAUUUAGUCCCAAUGGCGAAGAAGUUCUUACAAGUUAUAGUGGAGAGCAUGUCUACUUGAUGGACCUGAAGCAAGGCGGUGAAAAUUCUAUGCAGUACACAUGUGGAGAUGUUGCAAAGCAUUGGAGCUUUUCUCCUGUUCUUGAUGGAGUAGAAUUUUCACCUGUAGAAGCUGUUGCUUCUAAAAAUAUUUCCUCGGCAAAAAGCUAUGAUACCGUGCAGAUUGGCAAGUGCAAAAAACUGAUGGAAAUUGCAAAAACAUGUUUGGAAGAGGGAGCAAAGUAUUAUUAUGGAAUUGAAGCAUGUAAUGAAGUUCUGGAUGGAGGUUAUAAAAUUGAUCGCCAGCUUAGGCAUGAUUGUCUCUGUACACGUGCUGCCUUGUUUCUUCAGCGGAAGUGGAAAAAUGACGCCCACAUGGCUGUUAGGGAUUUGAAUCAAGCUCAGAAAAUUAAUUCAUCUUCAUUUAAAGCACGUUUCUGCAUGUCUGAAGCUCUAUCUCAGUUGGGAAAGCAUAAAGAAGCUCUAGAUUUUGCUCUUGCAGCUCAGUCUCUGGAUCCCUCAAGAGCCGAAGCGUUGGAUAGGGUAGAAAGUAUACAAAAGGAGCUUUCAGCAGCUGAAGCUGAAAAGAAUAAGAAGUUGAAUGAUGUGGGAUCCAAGACUGAACCACGUGCUGGCAGAGUAAUAUCAUUAAGUGACAUACUUUACCGCUCAGAGGCUAAUAGUGAUGCUUCACAAGAUGGUCCUAGAUCUGACAGAGAAGAUUCUGAUUAUGAUGAAGAACUAGAGUUGGAUUUUGAAACAUCAAUGUCAGGUGAUGAGGGCCGUGAUGCUGAACCGGUUCAUGGAAGUCUGAAUUUGAGGAUUCAUAGAAAAGCUGGUAGUUCUAAUGGCUCUUGUGGAUCUCCAUCUUCUUCCCAAAAUGUCAGAACAAGUUAUCAGCCAGAAGCAGUCAUAGAUAUGAAACAGAGAUAUGUUGGUCACUGUAAUGUGGGAACAGACAUUAAACAGGCUAGUUUCUUGGGUCAGAAUGGUGAUUAUAUUGCCAGUGGAAGUGAUGAUGGAAAAUGGUAUAUUUGGGAAAAGAAAACUGGCAGAUUGGUCAAAAUGCUUGUUGGAGACGAAGCUGUGGUAAAUUGUGUCCAGUGCCAUCCAUUUGAUUCAGUUGUGGCUACUAGCGGAAUUGAUAACACAAUAAAGAUUUGGACUCCAAGUGCUCCCACCCCGUCGGUGGCAGGCGGUUCAGCCGACCUUGAUACAGAAGGUUCUGAUGCAGCUAAUGUCUUGGAAGCAAUGGAAGGCAAUCAACGCAGAUUAUGCCAGACACGUGAAGCUAUUCUGCCACUUGAGCUGUUGGAGAGGUUUCGCAUGCAUGAUUUUGCCGAAGGAACACUGCAUCCCUUUGAAUGCGCUCAGAGCUAGUUCCCCUCCAUUUUCAAGGCUAGUCUCUGGUAGAUUUGACUACAGUUUUGUGCCAUAAGCUUCCCUGCAUCUCAUUAUCCUGUAAAAGUUCUUGGUAAGAGUUUCAGCUUCUUUUUUUCAGUUCUUUCAUGAUCCAUUGUAUGGAUAUUGCAUGGUUAAACAUCUCUCAUCUAUUGCUUUUAAUCUAAAUGGAUAGGUCUAGAUGAAUAUUAAUAGAUAUAUUUAGGAUCCUAUGACCCAGGUAAAAUUUUACAGAAUUCAUUAGGGUGCCAACCAGAGAAUAACGAGCCAGGAUGGUGCACUAAUGCUCAUAGGACACAUUUAGCCAAUAUUCAUUGAGGGGGACCUAUUGUGGCUAUUGUAUCCUUUUCUAAAAAAAAACAAAAAAACAAAAAAAAAAACAAAAAAAAAACCACAUUUUCUCACUCUCCAUUUUGUACACAGUAGCAGCAAUACCAGCUUGUUGUCUGAAGCUGGCCCUUUAUACCUAAUCGUCAAAUAUUAAAUUACUCGUACACUAUUUUUUGAACAAGUAAUAGUGUUUUGAUAUUUAAAUGACAAAUCUUUUGGAAUGAGAAAAGUUCCAUGGUCAAGUAAUAUAAAUAGAGGGAGUUUUAUCUUUGUAACACCUUUAAUAAUCAAGGUACACUCGUUUUUGCGUUAGAUUUCGAAGAUAUGAGGCAUAAUCACCCAUGGGUUUUACUGCAGUUUGUAUAGUUGGUUGUAUAUGGUGAAGCACUGAAGCUAGCAUGGUUUCAACAUGUUGCUGAUUUUUUUUAUUUUUAUUUUUUUUUCACCGAUAUUUUUUUUUUUUUUUAUUGGUGCUGAGCCGCUGACUGGAGGUCGAAAAGCCAAUAGUAAGGUAUAUGGUUGUAAAUUGCUGUCUAUGUAAAUUGUUCUGUACUUAACAAUAAGCUUGGGCAAACAGUACAGGCAGUAUUUUAUUAUUUUUUUUUUGUUUUUUUUCACCAUAGGACAUUUGUACCGUGUAAUUUUAAUUGAGCUCAAUUCAACUGUAAAGUAGGCUGAAUAGUUGGUUGCAUAGGCAAAUCUUUCUAACCCCUUGAAAAAUCUGCUUUCGGCUUUA